AUGGCUAAAGGUGCUGUUACUAAACUGAAGUUUAACUCACCUAUAAUAUCUACCUCCGAUCAGCUGAUAUCAACAAAUGAACUAUUAGAUCGUUUAAAAGCUUUACAUGAGGAAUUAGCCUCUCUGGAUCAAGACAAUACAGAUUUAACGGGAUUAGAUAAAUAUAGGGACGCACUAGUUAGCAGAAAAUUAUUAAAACAUAAAGACGUGGGGAUCCGCGCUUUCACCGCUUGUUGUCUAAGCGAUAUCCUGAGAUUAUAUGCUCCAGAUGCGCCUUAUACGGAUGCUCAACUAACGGACAUUUUCAAGCUGGUGCUCUCACAAUUUGAACAAUUAGGUGACCAAGAAAACGGCUAUCACAUCCAACAAACUUAUUUGAUCACUAAGCUACUAGAAUACAGAUCAAUCGUAUUAUUAGCCGAUUUACCUAGUUCAAACAAUUUACUUAUCGAACUAUUCCAUAUUUUUUACGAUCCUAACAAGAGCUUCCCCGCAAGGCUCUUCAAUGUAAUAGGCGGUAUUCUCGGUGAAGUCAUCUCUGAGUUCGAUUCUGUUCCCCUAGAAGUACUAAGAUUAAUUUUUAAUAAGUUUUUGACCUAUAACCCGAAUGAAAUUCCUGAAGGUUUGAACGUUACUUCUGACUGUGGCUACGAAGUUAGUCUAAUUUUGUGUGAUACUUAUUCCAAUAGAAUGAGUAGACAUCUAACUAAAUACUAUUCCGAGAUUAUUCAUGAAGCAACUAAUGAUGACAAUAAUUCAAGACUUCUCACUGUGGUAGUGAAAUUACAUAAACUGGUAUUGAGACUUUGGGAAACAGUACCCGAACUGAUCAAUGCAGUAAUCGGAUUUAUAUACCACGAAUUAUCUUCGGAAAACGAGCUUUUCAGAAAAGAAGCUACAAAAUUAAUUGGUCAAAUACUUACCUCAUAUUCGGAUUUAAAUUUUGUUUCUACACAUUCCGAUACGUUCAAGGCAUGGAUUUCCAAAAUUGCUGAUAUUAGUCCCGAUGUUAGAGUAGAAUGGACAGAAUCAAUUCCUCAAAUCAUUGCCACGAGAGAAGACAUAUCCAAAGAACUGAAUCAGGCACUGGCAAAAACCUUUAUUGAUUCUGAUCCUCGUGUACGCAGGACUUCUGUUAUGAUUUUUAAUAAAGUUCCCGUUACUGAAAUUUGGAAAAAUAUAACCAAUAAAGCCAUUUAUACAUCUUUACUUCAUUUGGCCCGAGAAAAACAUAAGGAGGUUAGGGAACUCUGCAUUAACACUAUGGCCAAGUUUUACUCAAAUUCAUUGAAUGAGAUCGAAAGGACAUACCAAAAUAAAGAAAUUUGGGAAAUCAUAGACACCAUACCAUCCACUUUAUACAAUCUCUAUUAUAUCAAUGAUUUAAACAUCAAUGAACAAGUCGACAGCGUAAUUUUCGAAUACCUACUACCGUUUGAACCAGAUAACGAUAAAAGAGUCCACAGACUGCUAACGGUUUUGUCACAUUUUGAUAAGAAGGCAUUCACUUCAUUUUUCGCUUUCAAUGCAAGACAAAUCAAAAUAUCCUUCGCUAUAUCCAAAUAUAUUGAUUUUAGUAAAUUUUUGAACAAUCAAGAAAGUAUGAGCUCGUCUCAAGGUCCUAUUGUAAUGAACAAGUACAACCAAACUCUCCAGUGGUUAGCUUCUGGCCUUUCUGACUCUACGAAAGCAAUCGACGCCCUCGAAACAAUAAAACAAUUUAACGACGAAAGAAUCUUUUAUUUAUUAAAUGCCUGUGUCACCAACGAUAUUCCGUUUCUUACUUUUAAAAAUUGUUACAAUGAAUUGGUCAGUAAGUUACAAACGCCAGGACUAUUUAAAAAAUAUAAUAUAUCUACUGGUGCUUCCAUUAUGCCACGUGAUAUCGCCAAGGUAAUACAAAUUUUGCUUUUUAGAGCCUCACCAAUAAUUUAUAAUGUAUCCAACAUCAGUGUUUUAUUGAACCUAUCUAAUAAUUCUGACGCAAAACAAUUGGAUUUGAAAAGAAGAAUCUUGGAUGAUAUAUCGAAAGUCAAUCCCACAUUAUUUAAAGAUCAGAUUAGAACAUUAAAAACCAUUAUCAAGGAUUUGGAUGAUCCAGAUGCAGAAAAAAAUGAUAACUUGUCAUUGGAAGAAGCUUUAAAAACCCUUUACAAGGCUUCCAAAACAUUAAAGGAUCAAGUGGAUUUUGACGACACGUUUUUCUUCACCAAAUUAUACGAUUUUGCAGUUGAAAGUAAACCAGAAAUAACGAAAUACGCCACAAAACUUAUCGCUUUAUCGCCCAAAGCUGAAGAAACUCUGAAAAAGAUAAAAAUACGUAUCCUACCUUUAGAUUUGCAAAAAGACAAGUAUUUUACAUCUCAUAUUAUUGUACUCAUGGAAAUAUUUAAAAAAUUCCCUCACGUCCUAAAUGAUGAUUCCACUGAUAUCAUAUCAUACCUAAUUAAAGAAGUUCUAUUAUCAAACCAGGUCGUUGGUGAUUCAAAAAAAGAAAUUGACUGGGUAGAAGAUUCUCUAUUAAGUGACACGAAAUAUUCUGCAAUAGGUAAUAAGGUGUUUACUUUAAAGCUGUUCACCAACAAAUUGAGAUCAAUUGCUCCGGAUGUUCCACGAGAUGAAUUGGCAGAAAGUUUCACCGAAAAAACUAUGAAGUUAUUCUUUUACUUGAUUGCAAGUGGUGGUGAGCUGAUUUCCGAGUUUAACAAGGAGUUUUAUCCCACCCCCAGUAAUUAUCAAACAAAAUUGAGGUGUGUGGCAGGAAUUCAAGUUUUAAAACUGGCCAGGAUUUCUAAUUUGAACAACUUUAUCAAACCUUCGGACAUUAUUAAAUUAAUUAAUUUGGUUGAAGAUGAAUCGCUGCCAGUAAGAAAAACAUUUUUGGAACAACUGAAAGAUUAUGUUGCUAAUGAACUGAUUUCCAUAAAGUUCCUACCACUAGUAUUUUUUACUGCUUAUGAACCAGAUGUCGAACUGAAAACCACAACGAAGAUAUGGAUAAACUUUACAUUUGGCUUAAAAUCAUUUAAAAAAGGGACGAUAUUUGAAAGAGCUUUGCCUAGGUUGAUACAUGCGAUUGCACAUCACCCUGAUAUUGUGGGAGGUUUAGAUUCCGAAGGAGACGCAUAUCUAAAUGCUUUAACAACAGCGAUUGAUUAUUUGCUGUUUUACUUUGACUCUAUUGCCGCCCAAGAGAACUUCAGUUUGCUCUAUUAUUUAUCAGAAAGGGUAAAAAACUAUCAAGAUAAGUUAGUUGAGGAUGAAAUUGAUGAAGAAGAAGGACCACAAAAAGAAGAAGCGCCAAAGAAGCAUAGACCUUACGGUCAGAAAAUGUAUAUCAUAGGUGAGCUGUCGCAAAUGAUUCUAUUGAAUUUAAAAGAGAAGAAAAAUUGGCAACAUUCAGCAUAUCCAGGUAAAUUAAACUUACCAUCAGAUUUGUUCAAACCUUUUGCAACGGUUCAGGAGGCCCAGUUAUCUUUCAAAACAUACAUACCAGAGAGCUUGACUGAAAAAAUACAAAACAAUAUAAAAGCUAAAAUCGGACGGAUUCUUCACACGUCACAAACUCAAAGACAAAGGCUUCAAAAGAGGUUAUUAGCUCACGAAAACAAUGAAUCACAAAAAAAAAAGAAGAAAGUUCAUCAUGCGAGAUCACAGGCUGACGACGAAGAAGGUGAUGGGGAUCGAGAAUCAGACAGUGAUGAUGACAGUUAUUCACCGUCUAACAAAAAUGAAACCAAGAAAGGGCACGAAAAUAUUGUGAUGAAGAAAUUGAGGGUCAGGAAAGAAGUUGACUACAAAGACGAUGAAGAUGAUGACAUCGAGAUGACUUAG